AUGAACUCUCUUCUCAUCUACGGCAGUGUUCAAGCAAACCCUCUCUACAACUGCUCGGCUAAGCCUGCAAGCCAGUGGACCGAUGAACUUGGCACCCAGAGAAUCUUCCUCGGUGUCAUUUUGAUUAUUUUUGGGAUUAUUGUGGAAAUCCUAUAUGUUCCUUGCCUUGGUGCCAUCUACAAAAAGAAGCUCUUACAACAUUCGUGCUAUAAAAUUAUGUUCCUUUUGGGAAUCACUGAUAUGCUAACCACGUGUACCGCCACAAUUCUAUCAGGAUACUUGCUCACAGUUGGAGCAGUUUUUUGUACAUACCCCGAGUUGAUAUAUGUUGCUGGGUGCUUUGCGUUGGGUGGCUGGGUCAGCUCUUGUGCCUGGACCCUCCUGCUAGUCAUCAAUCGUAUUUCUGAUAUGAUCGCCCCCAGAAUCUCAGACUUUCUCUUCUCCGGUAAUCGUACUUGGAUCGUUGCCCUGAUUCCAAUUCCCUACACCCUAUCAGUAAUGUUCUUCACGCCGGCAAUAAUAUUCAACUCAACGGUUAUGGCAUGGAUCGGGGAUCCGUUGAUUUAUGAGGAACGAGCACAGGAUUAUUACAAUCCGAUUCAGAACCUGAACAAUGUCGUUUUUAUCUCUGGAACUAUUGUUCUCUACGGAGCAUAUUGUUUUUUCAUGGCAAAAAAGACAAUGGGAUAUAAAGUUUCGGCGGGGAAAAAUGUAUUCAUUCAAUCCACACUAAUUUGCUCCAUAAACUGCUCAUCGGCUCUUGUCUACUCUUCAAUGAUGUUCCAUAAACCAAAUGAGUAUAUUGUGCUUUUUGGAGAACUCGCGUGGUCUUUUGUGCAUGGCUGUCCUGCAAUUAUAUAUUUAACAAUGAAUAAAACUGUUCGUCAAGAAGUGUUGAGAUGGAUCCGACGAAAGAACCCAGCGGUGCAGGAUAGUGACAAGUACACUGCAAACUCACUAGAGCACAGAUCCAGAAACACUCUGUGA